UGCUCUUUUUUCAUAGUAGUUAAAAAAAUGGAUGCUAAAGAAUUUGUCUUAAAAAUACCAACCUUCAAGGAAGCAGAUUUAAAAGCUGCACCAAUCACAUCGCUGGAAACAUUGAAAUCGCAAGCAUGUGAAAAAAUGAAGUAUAAGAUGGAGUUAUAUGUCACUUACUUACAAGCAGCUGUCGUGAAUAAACUUUCAGAGUAUGAAACAAAAAAGAAGUUUGUUGUUGACAGGUGGAAUCGUGAAACGGGUGGUGGUGGUAUAACUUGUGUCAUUCAAGACGGAGAAACAUUCGAAAAAGCUGGUGUAAAUAUAUCAGUGGUCUGGGGCGAGUUGCAACCUGAACAAGUGAAGUCGAUGAAAAGCCGUGGGAAAGAUUUGACUUUAGAGGGAAAAAACGAAUUUUUCGCUACUGGCGUUAGUUCGGUGAUACACCCACAAAAUCCUUUUAUACCCACAAUGCAUUUCAACUAUCGUUAUUUUGAAGUCCUUGAUGACACGGGAAAGCACACCUGGUGGUUCGGAGGCGGUUGUGAUAUUACACCAACAUAUCUGUCGGAGGAGGAUGCGAUUCAUUUUCAUAAAACACAAAAAGAAGCCUGCGACAAGCAUGAAGCAUCGUACUAUCCAAAGUUCAAAAAAUGGGCGGAUGAUUAUUUCUAUAGUCCACACAGAUCCGAACAUCGUGGGAUUGGUGGUUUAUUUUUUGAUGAUUUCGACGAGAAAAGCAUUGAAGAAUGUUUUAGUUUUAUUGCCAGUUGUGGUUCAGCUAUCAUACCUUCAUAUGCACCGAUCAUAGAAAAGCACAGACACGAUAAGUUCAAUGACCAGCAACGUAACUGGCAAUUACUCAGAAGAGGAAGAUACGUGGAGUUCAACCUGGUUCAUGACCGUGGCACAAAGUUUGGUUUAGCUACCCCUAACGCUCGUAUCGAAAGCAUUCUCAUGUCGUUACCUCUCGUCGCUAGAUGGGAAUACAUGCCAUGUAUCGCUGAUGGGAGUGAGGAGGACAAAAUCAUGAAAGUGCUCAAGAAAGCUCGAGACUGGAUUUAAAGUAACAAUUUGUUUCAGGGACUGGUGCUGGUGAAACAUAUUUCUGCUUUGUUUUAGUGAAUUAGAAAUGAAAGCGCGCUUCUAUUUUUGAGGUGGUGAUGGGCGAGCAUGUCGAUUCAUUGCUUAUCUGUCUGUCUGCUUUUUUUACGGGUGAAGGGCGGGGGCUUUUCACAAUUUAGUACAUAAGGCUUAAGGUGCACUAUCAUUUUUGCAGUUAUUAUUAAGAAUAAUUGAAUCAUUAGAGCAUUAGCAAUCAUUAGGUUUACAUUAGGGGUUUAAGCAUGUUUAUGGAUAUACGCACUUCAUGUUAAAUAAAUCCAUUUUAGUCUAAAAUCAGUCAAAAGACAGAGACACGCAAAAUGAAUCUCUUUUCUUAAACUGGGGCUUCACUUGCUACUCAUUUUUCUUGGGUUAGACGGAUCUCAGAUCUUGCAGCAAUCUUUCCUGCGGGUCGGGUUUAACUCUUGACACCAAGGGAUGUCCACAGAGUAAUUUUGAUAUCAUCUGAGGCAUUUUCGGUGCACUUAAACAACAUAAAAAUUUGUACGAGUUUAAAUUUUUGCUGUGUGAUGUGAUAUCGCAAAUUUCAAACUCUUUAAAAACGUACACACGUAUGGUUAUGCGCCUGUUUUUUAUAUAAUGGUGCAAAAAGGCUAAAAAAUGGCCUAUUAUGCCCAAUAUUUUGAAAGUAAAAAUUGUGACCUAUUUUUUGAAGUAAACUCUGUUUAUUAGAUGGCAUAUAUUCUUUUAUCAUCACUUUCAAUGAUUAAAAAUGAAAAAAACUUUCUGAAGACCUAAUAAAAUAUAUCAGAACUUUUGAUUUCAGCACACAAGCUGGCCAUAUGUUCUUAUAUGCGCAAUGAAAGAAACUGCUGAAAGUUUUACAAUAAAGCUUUAACUUGAAGUUUGACCUGUCAAAAAAAAUAACAGAUCCUUGCGGUAAGGUUUGUUCAGUAUCUUCUGGUUAUGAUGAAUUCCACGGAGCGGCUGCUAUGGGUUUUUUUUUAAUUUAGCGCGCAUCAUAAAUAUUUUGCGUUAUCUUUGUAAACUUUAUUUAUUUAAAAUUUUUGUAUGUUCCGUUGUAGUUUGUAAAUUUUACUGAAAUAGUAUAAAGGGACAGAAAAUUUUCGUUACAACGUAAAAUUGUAUAUUAGGUUAGUGUGAAUAUAGACCAACUUAUAAGUGUAGAAUGGUGAUUACCAUCACAUUUCUGAAGUAUUUUUAUGAAUUAUUUAAACUUCUUUAAACACUUAAGAUUUUUUACGUUUUUACCAAAUAUUUUACCCAAUUUUAAAGUGAGGUGUGUAGUUUCUUCUGUAGCCGUUUCAUUUUUGGUGGAAUGCAUGCAGUAUAAUCCCGAACUCCCUAUGUAAUUGAAACUGUUUUUAAGUUCGACCUCCUUAAAUAACCUUAGAAAAAGAAAAUCUCCUUAAAAGUACUUAGUUAUACUUAAAAAAUUUGAAAUUUUAUCUACUCUCCUCAAUUUCUCCUUACUUGUUAUUUUUUCUGAUCGUAACUUUUUGGGAAACUAAAAUUGGUUUUCUCCUUAAUUGUCCUUUUUUUAUCUUUUUAUUCUCGUUCGCAGCAAAAUAUCCUUAAAAAAUGUCAAUUUGUCUUCUUAAUUCUCCUUAAUAUCCUUACUGUUGUUCUCAUUUUAUUAGUGGUCACCCUGCUGAACGGUAAAUGUCUAGUGAAGCAAAAAUUUUGUUUAUAUUUUAAGCAUAUGAUAAGCUUAUUAUUUGUCUGAAUUAACCAGUAUUUAAGUUGUUACUGAUAUUCAAAAUUCAAAUGCAUAUUUUGA